AUGGUCAACCGAGUUAUUCGAGACGAUCCGAGUAAAGGUACAAUGCACAACCGUGAACCAAUAACUCCGAAGCUUCUUUGGAAGAGUCUCUGCGACUACGAUCUGUGGCCGAUCUACAUCAUCGGCCUCACCUUCCAGACUCCGAUGACCACCCCGCAGCAGUAUCUCACACUUACCCUAAGGGGAAUGGGCUUUGGCACCUUCACAACAAACCUGCUCAUCAUCCCCAAGGAAAUACUGCACAUCACCACGAUGCUUUUCCUGGCGUAUACAGCCGAGACUGUUAAUGAAUUGACGUUCGUCUCCAUGGUGGGGCAGAUCUGGGCCUUGCCCUUCCUGGUGUAUCUCUAUGUCGUCGACAUAAAUACCGUAAAUAAAUGGGUUGUCUGGGUGGUCAUGACGCUGUUCUUGGGUUAUCCAAAUGCUCACCCAAUCCAAGUCGGGUGGAACUCGCGCAAUUCGAACACUGUCCGUUCUCGUACCGUAUCUGCCGCGGUGUACAACAUGUGUGUGCAAUCGUCAGGCAUCAUUGCUUCCAACAUUUACCGUGCGGACGAUAGCCCCCGAUACCGUCGUGGAAACCGCGUGCUGGUAGCCUUGGUGACGACGAACGUCGCAAUUUACACCCUCACCAAACUCUAUUACAUUUGGACAAACAAAAGACGGGAGAAGAAGUGGAAUGCCAAGUCUGAGACGCAGCAAAUCGAGUAUCUGGCUACGACCACAGACGAGGGGAACAAGCGGCUGGACUUCCGACUUGCUCACUAA